AUGAAAAAGGAGUUAACAGGAGGGGCAAAGAAAAAGGGACAGAAAAAGAACGGUAAAAAAAGGGCAAAAAAGAGGGCUAAAAAAAAGAAGGGCAAAAAAAAGGGCAAAAAAAAGAAGGGCAAAAAAAAGAAGGGCAAAAAAGAGAAGGGCAAAAAAAAGAAGGGCAAAAAAAGAAGGGAAAAAAAAAGAGAGAGGCAAAAAAAAGAAGGGCAAAAAAGGAGGGACAAAGAAAAAGGAACAAAAAAAAAGAGGGGCAAAGAGAGGGCAUUAAGUAAGAAGAGUAAAUAA